AUGUCGGAGGGCAUCGUUGGCUGCAAAAAGCAGGCGGCGGAGGCACAGAUGUGUCACCACUGCGGUGCCCAUUUCAUCAAGUUAACGGCGAAGUUCUGCUCCAGGUGUGGCACGAAGAAGAAAUCUUUUUCGGGCGGGCGAAAAGAGACGAGGUGCUCCGUUAACGAUAGACGCACUCCAUUGAGGGGCGGCCUUGACACCACAGGGACCUUCCGCGAGGGAGGAGAGGGUAGCAAAGACGGUGGCGACGGCAACCGCACUAGCAGUGUUGUCGACUAUGGCGAGACAGCACCAAAGGCUGCCGUAUCACCACAACCCUCGACCAUUUCAUUGCCACAGCUGCCGAUGAAAACUGACGACGACCUGCAAGACGUUGCAGCUGACGACAGCACGAUUCGCGUGACGCCGGAGGAGGAGGAAAGAUAUAGUUCGUGGGCCACACUGAGCCCAGAGGGCAUCACUCCGGAGAUGCUGCAAACGAGCGACGCACCUGUGCUCCGAUCGUGGCGUCGUGGUCUGUUGAUUGGCCGUGGGACAUACGGCUCUGUUUACUUGGGUUUACUCAACGAUGGCUCUUUCUACGCCGUGAAGUGUGUGGAGAUUGGGAAGAAAACAGGUGUAUUCAGUGUCAAGGAGCUUGUCUCCCUGUCGCGGGAGAUUAACAUUAUGCGGCGUCUGCAUCACAAGAAUCUCUGCACCUUUAAGGGUGUGUGCUACGAUUCACCGAGUACCACCAUUUGUAUGUUUAUGGAAUACAUCGGUGGUGGGCCCUUGUCCUCUUUAGUGAAAGUUUUUAAACCAUUGCAUCCUGCCGUGGUGCGAAGCUGGACCCAGCAGCUGCUCAAGGGUCUGCUUUACCUGCACACGCAGGGCAUUAUACACCGCGACAUCAAGGGCGAUAACCUUCUUGUAGACACCUCAAGCGAUCCAAAACUGGAGUCGCAAAUUAAACUUGUGGACUUUGGCGCGGCCAGACGACUCUCGGACGCCGUGGCACAGAGCCGGACCGUUAUUGGCACCCCAUACUGGAUGGCGCCGGAGGUGGUAGACGUGACCGGCAGCGGCGAAGGGUACAGCUACAAGGCCGAUGUUUGGUCCGUGGGGUGCACCGUGGCUGAGAUGCUCACAGGCAAGCCACCGUGGCCGAGUCAGGUGAACGCGCCCGCUGCCAUCAUGAUGAUUGCGCAGGCGAAGGACGGACCGACAGAGAUUCCGGAGGCGGAGGCGACGCCGGGGUGCCUGGAUUUUAUGCGUAGGUGCUUUGUGCGAGAUCCGGGGCAGCGUCCAACCGUGGAGGAGCUCAUGCAGCACCCCUGGAUUCUUGGAGAGAUGGAGUAG